GAGAUUGUUGCAACACUCUCAGUACGACUCUAGUCGCUUUGCCGCUUGGAACAGGCACGUUUUACGUUGCCGGCCACACGGAGAGGGCGAGAGAGCCUGAAUUAUAUCCACUGAAAAGUCGAAGCAAAUCUUGCAGCCAUGUGGACCAAGUGAAUGCAGUGAUCAGUGAAGUAAUAAGUGCAAUUACCAAAACAUUCGUGAAGUUGACAACACGGUAAUCAUGGAUGUCAAAGGCUCGAUCUCAACAAAAGAAUGGCAUAUACCGCGUCCAUCGCUGGCAAGUAAUAAUGGAAGCAUCAAUGACACGCGUUCUCGCGGCGGCUCCGCCUCAAGCCAAGGCUCAUCUAGUAAUCACAGCACACACAGCGUGUCUUCGGGGUCAUUGUUGUUGAGUGCGGCUAAUUUAGCUCGGAUGAACGGCAGAAAUUCAGUCCAAGAAGAAUGUGAAUAUUACCAAAAUCAACAGCAAUCGAUUAAUUUGGUAAAGCAACCGACGAUGUCUAAAACAGUAGUGUCAAUACCCGAGGAAUCACGUGAGGCAACUGACACUUUUUGGUCAGAUGUAAAAAGAGGAUCAAUGGCUGGUCCGGAUGCGACGUCCGUCGCAAGCUCCACCCAUUUCACUGUCGUGAAUGGAUUUACUAAGCAUCGCCCUAGUAAGGAGCCGAAGUCGUGCUGCUGCAAUCAUUCCCACCAGAUAACCGUACUCGUUAUAUCGAUGACAAUUUUGUUUUCCGCAUGUAUACUGGCAGCUAUUUGUUUUGUGGAAAUGCGAAUGCGUAGAGAGACUGGUAUGUACAAGUACUCCUAAGACGAAAUAAAGACCGAAGAGGACAACACAAUUUUUAACCUAUACAUAAUUAUAAUAAGUAUGUAAUCAUAAUAUCCUUCGUUUAUGCUAUAAUAUAAUAUCCUCCAGACCGAUUUCGGCCACGGCAGCCAAUCUCAAGAGAGAUUAGCCAACUGCACAGGACAUAUAGUCCACAAGUGUGUGUGCAAACACAGGUGAACUCUCUAUUCCCUAGCUCUCAUAAUUUACGUGCUUUCCGAGACACGGGAGUGUACACACUUCCUACUUCCAGACUCCGGGCUGCAACUGAGAAUUUUCUGACAGAAAAAAUCCAAUAAUUUUUUGUUGGCCUAAUCUGGGAUUUGAACCCAGGACCUCAGGGUCUGUGGCCUUACAUCUAGCCACUAUACCAACGAGGCCGACCAUAAAAAAUAUUAGCCUCACGGUUCCUUUUUCGAAUAUUUAAUUUUCACUAUGGCAAAUCAUACUUUUUUGCAUUAUAAAUGGAAUUGAAAUACACAUAUAUUUAAAUAUUGCCAUUUCAAAUAUGUGAACCAGUACUGCUAGCUAGAUCUGAAGGACUGCAGAAAUAAACGUGGUUACGUCAUAUUUGUGUAAUAUAGUUGUGCAUUCCAAAUAUAAAUAUCGAAAUCAGAAUUACUAUUUAGCUAAUUUUAUUUAUUUUAGUUAAUUUACAUUAAUUUUACUUGAAAAUCCAAUACAUCUUUGUUUACAAAGUUUAGAUUUUUUUUCUCAAUUUUAAUUUAAUUCGCACAGAUGUGUAUAUCUGUCAACUAUUUUAUAGUGCAAUAAUUACCGUUUCUAUAUCAAGUUAGUAAUAAUUAGUCAAAUGUACGAUUAGUUUUAGUUAUUCAUUAUUUAUUGUUAAUACUCAAAAAAACUGCAAGAAUGCUAUGUGCAGACAAGUAAAGUUUACAUUAAAAUUUCAAAUAAAAUAACUAAUUAUUUUGCAACUUUAAAUAAAGUUAUGUACUUAAUAUGAAUUUUAUUUGAUUACAUUUGUUUUAUAAAUUCACGUUGCUUUCAUAUGCCUUUGCAAAAUUGUGUUAAUGUAAUUUUACGAAAAGAUUUAAAAAAAUGGUUUUUUUUUGUAAAAUUACAAUCAUAUUUUUAUUAAAUAUAUAGUAAAGCAGUUUUGCAAACAUCAUUAUUAUUAAGCGUUAUAAAUGGAUUUUGAGGAGAGGCCUUAGCCCAGCAGUGGGACAUUCACAGGCUUUAAAUAUCCGCCGACUUAGAAAUUCAAAUUUAAUAAACGAAAUAAGAGCUUUCUUUAUUUUUAUAUCAUAUUAUUAUUCGCAUAUUGUAACACUAAUUUUAUAACAACCAAUAGCAAGUGUUCUUGUUUUAAAAGGUAUUUAAAUAUUAUGUGUAAGAUAGAAUUGAGUAAAUUAAUUUAAAUGUGGUGUAAUAACGUAAAACUGUGAUAAUUAAAUGAC